CACCUGUCCUUUCCCACAGAGAUUUCAAAUACUGUCUCACACAGGGCCCUCCUCACCUCCCACCACUCUGGCCCGAGGGUCCCAGAGACUUGUGACUAGUGGCCCAUCUUCAGCUCUCUCCCCCUGGACUGAGGGCUUCCACAUCCUGCCUGGUCUCCCAUUUAGUAACGCUGGUCUGAAGGCACCUACCUGCACAUUUUGAUUCAUUGACGCUUCUCUUGGGACCCGGCUCAAGAUGCCAGAGCCCACAAAGAAAGAUGAGACGCCAAAUGCCCAGCCAGAAGAGAGCAUUGCCCCAGAAAGUAACGGUGUCCUGCCCCUCCCUGAGAUAUCGCUCCAGAUAUCUCCUCCCCCAGAGGCUGUAGCGGAGGCAGAGCCAGUAGAAACUGAGGGGAAGGAGCCAGAGCCCGUAGAGCCUGUUCCGGUAGAGGUGGUGGUGGCUAAGGAGCCUGAGCCAGUAGAGAAUGGCUCUACAGACCCAGAGCCCGUAGCUGUUGGGGUUAAAGAGCAAGUCGAGCCUGAAGUUAAGGAGGAGGCCCCUUGCUCCCCCCCCCCGCCUGCCCCACCCCGUCCUGCUGAGAUGGAGAAAGCAGAGCCAGUUAUAGUUGUUACCACACCUCCACCUCCACCUCCAGCAGAUAAAGAUGAUGAUGCUGCAGCCAGUACUCCCUCCCCAACGCCCCCAGCAGAGGAUGCCAAUUCACUCAAGAAACUCUCUAUUGAGCUGCCUCAUGAUAACGUCCCUUUGUCAGCCAUGGGGAGAAAAGACUCAGUGUGGUCCCUGGGAGAGGGACAACUUCCAGAGGACCUGGACAAGCCCAUAGACACCCCGCCAUUGUCCACCCUGCUCAUAGAGAAACCUCAGGGAGGCUCCAUAACAGUGGGUGAGGACAUCACCUUUGUUGCUAAGGUGGAGGCUAAAGACCUGCUUCGUAAACCCACCAUCAAGUGGUUCAAAGGGAAAUGGAUGGACCUCGCUAGCAAGACUGGGAAGCACUUACAACUAAAGGAGACCUUUGACCGAUUCACCAAGAUACAUACUUUUGAGAUGCAUAUCAUCAAAGCCAAAGAUAACUAUGCAGGGAAUUACAGGUGUGAGGUCACCUACAAAGACAAGUUUGACAGCUGUGCCUUUGACCUGGAAGUUAAAGAAGUUGAACAGAUGUCACAGAAUGUUGAUAUUCGAUCAGCUUUCAAAAGAAGCAGUGAAGGACAAGAGGAUGCAGGGGAACUUGACUUUAGUGGUCUUCUUAAACAUAGAGAGCCCAAGCAGGAAGAGGCUCCUGACGUGGAUGUGUGGGAGAUCCUGAAGUCGGCCCGGCCGGAUGAGUACGAGAAGAUAGCGUUCAACUACGGCAUCACAGACCUGAGGGGCCUGCUCAAGAGGCUGAAGAAGACCAAGAAGGAGGAGAAGAAGAGCGAAGCUUUUGCUAAGAAGCUGGAUCCAGCAUACCAGGUGGACAAGGGAGGGAAGAUCCGCUUUGUUGUGGACCUGGCAGACCCCACAGUGGAGCUGAAAUGGUACAAGAAUGGACAGGAGAUUCGACCCACUCCCAAGUAUGUCAAGUAUAUCUUUGAGCACAAGGGCACACAGCGAAUCAUGAUCGUCAACAAUUGCGUCCUAAACGAUGAUGCUGCAUAUUCCGUAUCCGCUGGAGACGAGAAGUGCACUACUGAGCUGUUUGUUAAAGAGCUACCGGUGAAGAUUGUCAAAGACAUUGAGGCCGUAAAGACUACUGUGAAUGAAAGGAUUGAGUUGGAGUGUGAGGUGUCCGAAGAAGGAGCUCAAGUCAAAUGGAUGAAGAAUGGCGUGGAGGUCCCUACAGGGGUGCGCUCACGCUAUCGUGUCAAGUCAGAGGGGACCAAACACUGGCUAAUCAUCGACGACGCUUCCAAGGACGACACAGGGACCUACUCCCUCAUGGCCACCGGGGGCAACACUGAGGCCCGUGUACAGGUCGACUUGAAGCCGCUAAAGAUUCUGCAGGACCUCCAGAAUGUGACGGUCAUGCUGGGUCAGCCCCUGAAGCUGCACUGUGAGAUCAACCCAGGGAACGUCCCGGGACGCUGGUACAGGAACGGACAGCUCAUCCAACCCAACGACCGCAUCAACAUCCUGCACAGAGCCAAGAACCACAGACUUGAAAUUGAAAGCAGUUCAAUCCAUGAUUCAGGGGACUACACCUUUGUGCCUGAAGGGUACACACAGAGUCUCUGUGCCAAAAUUCAUGUCAUCGACCCCCCUAAGGUGCACCUAGACAGCCUGAAUGUGCCUGACAACACAGUGGUCAUCGUGGCAGGAACCAAACUCCGCCUGGAGAUCCCCAUCAGUGGAGAACCAGCACCCAGGGUGGUGUGGAUGAAGGGAGAGAGGGUCAUCCUAGAUUCUGGUAACCGUGUUCGAGCUGAGACCUUCGCUGAUCAAACCUGCUUCACCAUAGAAGUCACAGAGAGGGAAGACACAGGAAACUACAAGAUAGUCCUGCAGAAUGAGGCUGGGGAAGACACAGGGAGUGUCCGAGUCAAGGUCGUUGACAUCCCAGACCCUCCUGAGGCUCCUCUGGUCCCGGCAGUGGGAGGAGACUGGUGCUCAAUGACAUGGGACCCACCCUUAUAUGACGGGGGCUCGCCAAUAUUGGGCUAUUUCAUUGAGAGAAAGAAGAAACAGAGUUCCAGAUGGAUGAGGUUGAACUUUGAUCUGAACAAAGAGGCUACAUUUGAGCCUAAGAAGAUGAUUGAGGGCGUACCAUACGAGGUGCGGGUCUUUGCUGUCAAUGCCAUUGGCGUUUCCAAACCAAGCGAGCCAUCUAAAGCAUUUGUUCCCUUGGCUGUGACCAGUGAGCCAACCAUGCUGGUGGUCGAUGAUGUCACAGACACCACAGUGACCAUGAAGUGGCGUCCCCCAGAGACGAUCGGUGCUGCCGGCCUGGAUGGGUACCUGGUGGAGUACUGCGUAGAAGGAACCGAUGACUGGAUUGUGGCCAACAAGGGCCUGACAGAGAAGACCAAGUACACGAUCACUGGUCUGCCUCCAGAGUCCAAGAUCCUAGUCAGAGUUAGGGCCAUCAAUGCGGCUGGUGCCAGCACACCUCGGACCCUCCAGCAUUCUAUCCUGGUCAAAGAGGUCAUAGAACCACCAAAGAUUCGCAUCCCCCGACACUUGAAGCAGACAUGCAUUCGUAGAGUUGGAGAAGCUGUAAAUCUGGUGGUUCCAUUUAUGGGGAAGCCCAGGCCAAAGGUGAGCUGGCUGAAAGAGGGAAAUGCCAUCGACCCAACCCACGUCAGCAUCCGCAACACAGAAUGUGACAGCAUUAUCUUCAUCCGCAAGGCGGAUCGCAACCACUCCGGGAAGUAUGAGAUGACUGUGAAGGUGGAGAACCAUGAGGACACAGCCAUCAUUGACAUCCAGAUCGUUGACCUGCCAGGCCCUCCACAGUAUGUGAAGAUAGAGGAGGUAUGGGGGGAGAAUGUUGCUCUGGACUGGACCCCUCCGAAGGACAACGGCAAUGCCCCCAUAACAGGCUACACCAUCCAGAAGGCAGACAAGAAAACUAUGGAAUGGUAUACGUGUGUUGAACACUACCACCGCACCUGCAUCACCAUCUCAGAGCUGGUGGUAGGGAACGAGUACUACUUCAGGAUCUACUCGGAGAACAUGUGCGGCCUGAGCGAGUGUGCCACUCAGACCAAGGACAGCGCCCUCAUCGUCAAGGAAGGCAUGAACCUCAAAAACCCAGAGUAUACAGACCAUGACUUCAAAGAGCCCCCGAAGUUCACACAGCCUCUGAUCAACACGUUCGCCAUCGCUGGCUAUAACGCCACGCUCAACUGCAGCGUCCGGGCCAAUCCGAGGCCCAAAGUUAUUUGGAUGAAGAAUAAGAUUGCCAUCAUCGAUGACCCACGCUACCGCAUGUUUAGCAACCAAGGAGUCUGUUCCCUGGAGAUUCGCAAACCUAACCCCUACGACGGGGGGACGUACUCCUGCAAGGCUAUUAAUGACCUGGGGGAGGCCCAGGUGGAGUGCAAGCUGGAGGUCAAAGUCCCCCUUCAGGAAUAGUGAUUGUAUGUUCCCAUCUAAGGAGGGUUCACCUUCUACGAGCUCAUGCAGCGUGGAGUGCCGUUACACUUGAUUGAUAAGUACAUGAACGAGGCGAAGAACGUGGAGGCAGAGAAGUGAUUGGACUGAGAACGGAUGCAUCUAGGCUUUCAAGGAUCCUUGCCAACAAUGCCCCUUCAGUUUUUGCCUGCAGUCUGAAUAGGCCAGGGAAGAGGACUGGGGUCUUAGGCAUGCUGUGUGUGCGUUUGGAGCUAGUUAUCAUAGAGAAAAGCCAAUUUGUCAGCAUCUGGUAUUUAACAGCUCUGUCUAAGCUCUGAUGCAUGUCAGCAGUGGUUUGGUUCUAUAUUUUUUAUUUGAGAUUAGUAGUGUGUAGUAUAGGUUAAAUAACAACCUUCACCUGUAUGCAUUUAGUUAUUUGUUAGGGAAAGUCCUAGUGGGUACGAAUACUUUCAAGGGCCUGAAUUAAGAACUGUAGACUGGAAAUGAAUAAUAACAUGGUUUGAUGUCUGUAAAAGGGAAUCCUGUGAUUAAAGAAUGAAUGAAACAUUGAGACGCAUAAUAGAAAGGACUGAAAACACAUUAAGGAGCAUUAAAAGUAACACUUUAUUAUUUAUUGGUGAUUUAACUUUUUUGUGAGUAGGAUAAUGUUGGAUUUAUUCAACUGUCCUUUUUUGAUGACUGUAAAGCCGUCACUGCAUGCCAAAUAGUGAUGGCGUUGAUACUGUGCUGUAUUUGAGUGUCUGACCACGUGUGCAUGCCUUUACCUUUAAUUUGUAAUUAUGGCUCAUGAAUAAAAACACUUACAUUGUAA